UUUACUUGAGCUAAAUGACGCCCAACCUCAGCUAUGCUGCCAUGGCUUCAGGCAGUAUGCAUGUGAUGUAAGUUAUUUUGUGUGUCGCACAACAUUCUCCCAUUCCCUGCUGCAUAAAAGACAGAGUGAAGCAAAGAGAAGUUUCACUUCACAGCUGAUGAGCACUUUGGUAAAGGAUCAUACCUUUUUGACCGGGCACUAAUUCAUGUUCCCAUCUGAAGACAAAAGAAAAUAUAUGUUCUGAAUACACACCGUCGCCCUUCUUCCAGACAAGAUGAAGAAGUUGAUCCUCGACGUGGACACAGGGGUGGAUGAUGCUCAGGCCAUCAUGAUAGCCCUCGCAGCCCCCAACGUGGAGAUCCUGGCAAUCACUUGCAGUCAUGGCAACACACCCCUGGACAACGUCUGCAAGAACACACUGCGUGUCCUCAAAGUCUGCAACAGGCUGGAUAUCCCAGUGUACCGCGGAUGUUCAGGGCCACUGCUGGGUCGAACAUGCCACGCUGGAGAUUUCCACGGGAAGGAUGGGCUGGGCGAUGUCCCAGAUCCAGAUGCUCCAGGCCUGGAGCUGCUGCAGAAGAAACGAGCUGCAGAGGCCAUCAUCAAGAUUGUCAACCAAAACCCUGGAGAGGUGAGUUUGGUUGCCACAGCGCCCCUCACUAACCUGGCCGUCGCAGUACAACUAAACCCUUCCUUCCCGAAGAAGCUGAAGGCGCUCUACAUCAUGGGAGGAAACACUGAAUCCAGGGGUAACACCACAGUGUGUGGAGAGUUUAACUUUGUGGCUGACCCUGAAGCCGCCUACAUUGUGUUGGACCGCUACACCUGUCCCACCCACAUCGCCACCUGGGAGUUCAGCUGCAGGAGCAGCCUGCCGUGGUCUUUCUGCGACACUUGGCUGGCCCAAGACACAGACAAGGCUCGUUUCAUGGAAAAGAUUUCCCUCCACACCAGGAAGAUGGUCCAGACUGAGCGGUAUAAAAAGGAGCUGGUAGGAGGACCUGGGUUCAACUCCUGUGACACCUACGCCUUGGCUGCAGCCAUUGAUGACACGCUGGUGACGGAGAGUGAAGAGGUUGCAGUGACGGUGGAGUUGGAGGGAACCCACGCCCGAGGCAUGAUGGUCGUAGACUACAUGGACCUGCUGAAGAAGAAACACAAGGUCUUCAUCAUGAAGAAAAUUGACAAGGAGAAGUUCAAACAAAUGAUGAUGAAGGCACUGAAAUAGCAUGACAUGUCUGAGUCCCACUAAACACAUAAUCUCUGCAAAGCGCACUACAGCCGAUACAGUUCAUACCACUCUUAUAAUUAUUCUGUGCCAUUGUCUUAAACACAGUAUAGUGGUAUUAGGCAGUGUGCAGCUGCUUCGGAAAAUAUUGCAGGUGUUAUAACCAUCAGUCGCAUGUGAAGGCCCAAGGAGAAAACAAUCCAGCUUUGCUUUUUUUUUUUUUUUAGUUCUCCUAACAUAGGUGGUAAACCUGCACUAGACUUCAGAGAAUUACUUUUUUGAACCACAUGAAACACAAACAUUCAAAAUAGGUGAGGAUUUGCUUUGUAUGUACCUGAUAUUACAAUGUUCAUUGUUUGUUUUCAUUAGAAGCUGACUGCCUGAUCACUUACAUGCAAUAUUAGACUUUUUACUCACUCAUUACAUUGUUUUUGCAUAUAUCCUCAUUAGUAAAACAAAAUUGAAUCUUCUGAAGGAUUUGUUUUUCUUUAACAUUAAGAAGCUUAAUUCCAGAUGUGAUCGCAGACUUGGAGUUGAGGUCAUCUCCCAUAUUUAAAAUUUAGUUUUUCACUUACUUUACAUUUCACAUUCAGUCAUUUCUAUUUCUGGAUUUGUAUCCUAUUCUAUAGACCUUGAGAUACAUUUUCUUAUUUGUUUAUCCAUUAUUGAUGGUGUAUUGGCUCAGGUGUUUUUGAUUGGUUGUUGCAGCCUAUAAGUCUAGCAUAAAGAAAGAUGUG